UAACUUCUCACAACAAAUUAAAAUCUAUAUAAAGGUUACAAGUUCUAAACUUUUUCUCACCACUUUCUUUCCAAAACUUAUUGUAAUUGAAGAAAAUAUGGGUCUGAAAGGCAAAUUAAUUGCUUCAAUGGAGGUGAAGUGUGGAGGACACCCGAUUCAUGAUUUUUUUCACAUCCAUACCCAUCAUAUACCUAAUAUAAGUCCUAGUAUUAUCAACCAUUUUGAGAUACACGAAGGUGAAACUGUAAAAGUUGGUUCGAUUGUUAGUUGGAAUUAUAAUGAAGCUGGACAAAAGAAGUUUGUUAAGCAAGUAAUUGAAGCAAUCGACCCUGACAAGAAAUCAAUCACAUGGAAAGUGAUUGAAGGAGAUGUAUUAGAGUUGUACAAUUCCUUUACUGCUAUCCUAUCUUGUGAACAUGAGUGGACAACAUGGACAAUUGAAUAUGAAAAGAAAACUGAAGAUAUUCCAGCGCCCCUCAUUCAAUUGGGUCUUCUCCUUGACUUAACCAAGGAUAUAGAACGUCACCUUCUCAAGAAUUAGAAGAAAUAUAUCAAUGUGUGUUCGUGUUUGUGUUUGUGUUUGUGUGAUGAAUAAUUGAGGAUGUUGGCUAGCUCUAGCUAGCGUGUGGAAUAAAGAAUAUUGUGUGAAGAAUAUAUUAUAUAUGUCUAUUUCUUUCUAUGAUAUGUAUGUAUUUUCAAUGGUCAAUAUAUGUAUAAUAUCAUGCAUUUUGUUAUAA